AUGCAGUGGCAGCAGUCCUAUAGCCUAUACACCAGCAUGUGGUUCGCUUCCCACGUCGCGGUCAUGUACACUCUGGGUCGCCUGGCCAUCGAUGAUAUCCCGACCGGUGCUGCACGGAGGGACGAAGACAACUUCUUCAGCCCUCAGAAUUGCGUGGAGUUUAUGAGCAAGAUCGUACUCAUGCUGGAACUGCUCAUGGUGCCUGCCAUCAUUCGGACAGAGUGUGGCUUUGUGGUGGGCGGACGAGAGGCUCUUUGCGUGCUGCUGUACCGACUUGCUUUCCCGUGCCGUUUGAAGGACAUGCGUCUGGUUUUCGGCCUGAGCGAGUCCUGUAUCUGCGAGACUUUCAACUGGAUGCUACACUUCAUGGAUUUCAAGUGGGGGUUCCUCCUCUCGCUGGACGUUCAACGGCUGGUACCAAAGCUUCGUACUUUUGCGGAGGCGGUUUACAACAAAGGUUGUCCCCUGACACACUGUUGGGCCUUCAUCGACGGAACUGUGCGCGGUAUUGCAAGGCCUAUACGCAACCAGCGCUUUUUCUACAACGGGUACAAGAGGAAGCACGCUAUCAAGUUCCAAGGAGUCGUGACGCCAGACGGGCUGUUUGUUGACCUGUACGGCGCAGAGGUUGGAACGAGGCACGACGGCUACUUGCUUGCGCAGUCU